UAAGAGGGAGUAUAAAAGGCCCAGAGCACCGCCGGGGAUACGUCAGUUAACCCACAACUCCUGUCGGCGGCUUGCACACUGCAGCUUCGAAACACAAUGAAGGUCAUUCUUCUCCUGUGCCUUUUGGGCGUCGCCCUGGCCGCUCCCCAGCUCCGUACACAGCAGGAGGAGGACGAGGACACCCCCGAACCCUACGAAUUCACGUUGCUGGUCGCCGACGACGAGCUCGGCAACCACCAGGAGAGAGUCGAGUCGCAGGACGAGAACGGGAGGGUCCAGGGCCAGUACGCGUGGGUCGAUGCCGGCGGCGUCCGUCACGUGACCACGUACUCUGCUGACCCCGUAAAUGGCUUCGUGAGCAACACCGUGCAGGAACAGACUGACAUCCGCGUGGUGAUCCCUCAGCCAACCCCUGGCCCUUAAACCGCUCAUCAUCGUUCCUACAAACUUCCUUCUAUCUUCACAACUUCCCCACCUUAUUACACAACCCACCCUGAAGUUGUUGAAUCUGAUUUCUUAGAACAAUUAUGGCAAAAAAUACAAAUAAAAACGACAAAACACUUGA